AUGAUCCACAAACAUUCUCUCUUCUUUACCACAACACUCUCUCCCGUGCGUCCUCCCCAAGCCAAACCGCGAUCACCGCCAGCUGCCACCAACCGACAACCCAAGCCACCGGAUCACUCCGCCGCCCCUCCAGCAUCCUUCCCCGACUCAAGUCUGGCGCCAGCCACUGCGAAACGAAGGAAGUUGCUGGUUUUGACAAAAAUUUCAAGCUCUCGUUCUCCGUCGUCUGGCCACCAAAUCGGACUAGUGAGGUAUGGUUUUCUAGCUAUUUUCCAUGCUCUAGCUGCUCGUUGGGUAGGAUUUGAGGAAUUUCUAGGUUUGGCAGGUUAA